GUAAUUUUCUUUUCUUUUUUAUUUUCCAAUUCCAUUUUUAGGGAUUCGACAUUUAACUGAAUUUGUCAUACCAAUUUCAAAGGUUUUUUUUUUUUUUGUCUCCAUUGUUUUGGUGACUUGCAAAUUCGUUUGUUUUGGUUUCUCUGCAGUGGUUAAAGGAAAAGAAAAGUUUCAAAAACACUGAUUGCUAGGAACUUUUUUUAUAGAAUUAUAUAUACAGCUGUCAAAUGUUUGCUUCGGAUAUGAAUUCAGUCCGGGAGGCCAGCAGAGUAACCACUGCCGGUAUGAUGCUGUUUCCAAUUCAAUUUACAUGGCCAUAUGGUGGAAGAAAUGUCUUCAUUUCUGGUUCUUUCAAUAGGUGGGCCGAGUUGGUGCCAAUGUCUCAGGUUGAAGGUGCCCCCAAUGUCUUUCAAGCCGUUUGUGCCGUAUCACAUGGUUGCCAUGAGUACAAGUUUCUUGUUGAUGGUGAAUGGCGACAUGAUGAACGGCAACCUCACAAGAAUGGUGAAUAUGGAAUAGUUAAUACUUUCGACGCUUUACCUGUACCUGUAGAGGUUGCUCAGGUGCAACCUCGUUUGGAUGUACUGAAUAGCAUGGAAGUGGAUACCGGUCUCACACAUCGAAUCUCUGCAGUUACAUUGAAUCAAGCAAUGCCAAGGAUUUCAGAAGAGGAUGUACAGGCCUGCCGUCAUCGCAUCUCUGUAUUCUUGGCAGCACAUACUGCUUAUGAGCUACUCCCCGAGUCAGGCAAGGUUGUUGCCUUGGAUGUUAAUUUGCCUGUAAAGCAAGCAUUUCAUAUUCUGUCUGAGCAGGGUAUUGCUUUGGCUCCGCUUUGGGACAAUUGCAAGGGGAAGUUUGUUGGAGUUCUGAGUGCUUCAGAUUUUAUAUUGAUUCUGAGAGAGCUUGGAAAUCAUGGAUCAAAUCUGACAGAGGAAGAGCUUGAAACACACACUAUUUCUGCUUGGAAAGAGGGAAAGGCAUACAUGAACCGGCAAGUUGAUGGGCAUGGGAGACCAAUUCCAAAACAUCUCAUCUAUGCUGGGCCAUGUGAUAACUUGAAGGAUGUAGCUUUGAAAAUUUUGCAAAGUGGAGUAGCUAUAGUUCCUGUUAUCCAUUCAUCCUCAGAAGACGGUUCAUUUCCCCAAUUAUUACAUCUUGCUUCUCUUUCUGGAAUACUAAAAUGCUUAUGCAGGUAUUUUAAACAUUGUUCUGGUUCUUUGCCCGUACUGCAAUUACCUAUUUAUGCAAUCCCUCUGGGUACAUGGGUUCCAAGAAUCGGCGAAUCCAGCAGUCGGCCAUUUGCAAUGCUGAGACCUACUGCUUCUCUUAGUUCAGCAUUAAAUAUGCUAGUUCAAGCUCGAGUAAGUUCAAUACCUAUAGUUGAUGACAAUGACUCGUUACUGGACAUAUAUAGUCGGAGUGACAUAACGGCUUUGGCAAAAGGCAGAGCUUAUACGCAUAAUCUAAACGAAAUGACCAUUUAUCAGGCAUUGCAAUUGGGACAAGAUUCAAACACUCCUUAUGAGAUGAGAAGUCAAAGAUGUCAGAUGUGUUUGCGCACUGAUACAUUGCUUAAAGUGAUGGAACAAUUGGCAAACCCUGGUGUUCGACGGCUUGUCAUUGUGGAAGCCGGCAGUAACCGUGUAGAAGGCGUCGUGUCGCUUACGGACGUUUUUAGGUUCUUGCUUGGUUAGUUAGAAGUAAUUGCAGAUAACUUUUAUCUAGAAGCAGUUUUUUUGCAUUGGACUCCCAUUUCUUGUGGGCACCAUACCCUGCCCCUAAUGUUCCAAAGAGACUGCAAUAUUUAAAAACCGAUGAUCAUCGAAUCUCAUUCAACAAUUCGAUUAGCCUCUUGCUUCGUUGCCUGCUUUUUAGAAUUUUAGGCCCAAGAAAGAGGAUGUAAUUUACGAAGAUUCUGUUUGUUUCUGAAAUUGGUUCAUCUCCUCCUUGCCCACUUUAUUCUCAGUAUUAAACCCAUUUGUCAAUCAAUGUAGAUGCCAUUAUCUGCAGGGUGCAUGAAA